UCAUCGAAAAUAUUUUAUCUGUACUAAUUUUUUUCCGCUCUUGUCAAGUUGAAGCGAGUCCUUCGUUGAUUCCUUUUGUACCGAAUAUUCCUAAUUAAAGGAAUCUUCGUCUAAACCAAAAUAACAUCAAACACAAACACCACAAUGCCGGAACUGACAGAGCUGGACAAGGCCACCGCCUCCAUGACUGAGAAGCGCAAGGAGGAGACUGCUUCCUCGGACAGCGACUCCGAUGACACCAUCCCAGAAUUGGAAGAUGCUGGUGCACCCGGCACUGGAGGCAUCUCCAACCCGAUCGCGGGCAUCGACAUCGUGUCCAAGGCUAAACAGUCGCGCGGUGAGAAGAAAGCCCGCAAGAUCAUGAGCAAACUCGGACUCAAACCUGUGCAAGGAGUAAACAGGGUCACAAUCAGGAAGUCAAAGAACAUCCUCUUCGUCAUCAACUCCCCGGAUGUAUACAAGAACCCUCACUCAGACACCUACAUCGUGUUCGGAGAGGCCAAGAUCGAGGACCUGUCUCAACAAGCCACCAUGGCCGCUGCGGAGAGGUUCAAGGCUCCCGAGAGCGCUGCCGCUGGCAAUGAUGCUGCUGCGGCUGGAACGACGGUGGCUCCCAUAGCCGAGGAAGAGGAUGAGGAAGGAGUGGAUGACACCGGGGUGGAUGAGAAGGAUGUCGAGAUAGUGAUGUCACAAGCCAACGUGUCGCGGGCGCGGGCCGUCCGCGCGCUCCGGAACAACCAGUCGGAUAUUGUCAACGCUAUUAUGGAGCUGACAAUGUAAUCUGUUCCUCGGCGUAGUCAAGCGUAUGUUAACUGUUCUAGCUUUAAGUCUCCGAUAUUCUCCUCGAGUGGGAGCGAGCCAGAUAUAUUGAUGUAUUCACCUCCCACUCGCACACUCUCAGAAUCCAAAGGUCGAUGACUAGAUUUGUUUUGUACGGUACGGGAUGUAUAUAGGCUAACUUACUUCAAUACAAUAAAAUUAUGGUAAUACUAAA